AUGUUCAACAGUAAUUUAGUUGCUGCAGUAAACGCUGCUAUGGGUUCUAGAUUUGAGCCCUCGAAACAAUCACCAAGCAGUCCGAUUCAAAAUCAAAAUGAUGACUCCGAUUCUGACUCUUCAAAAGAAGACAAUUCACGGCUUGUAUCUUCUCUGGACGUCAUAUACUUGGCAAGUUUAUUCCAAAAUUUAGAACAAGAAAGACGUAAUGGCGAGGAAUUCUUUCCUCAAUUCGAUAAAUUAUUAAAAGAAAAGAGCAUUCCGGAAAAAAUAAAGGAAAUUUUUAAAUUACAAGACUUGGAAAAGUUUAUAGGAGAAUUUCGUUGCGCUCUGAUCCGUUCGAUAAUGUUACAGGGUAUUAUGUAUUUGACAGAAGAACAUAUAUGUUUUCAUGCUUAUUUUCCUAGAGAACAGGAUGUUGUUCUAAAAGAUGGUUUUCUUUCAAAGCGAGGUUUAUAUGGUUUAUAUGAAAGAUAUUUUUUUUCGCUUCAAAACGAUAUUCUUGUAUAUUAUCAUGAUCAGUUGGAUAAAUAUUGUCCGUUGGAGAUUAUCGAUUUAAAGUAUGCUGUUAAGGUUGAUAAAGAUAGUAACAAGAAUAGAUUCAAGGUUGUUACCCCGAAACGUACUUAUCAUUUUCAAGCUGAUUCUCUCACAUCGAUGGAAGAAUGGGUAACACAAUUACAAAGAUCAAUAGUUCGCGCCAAUAAUGAUGGUGAUCACGUAAAGAUCGUAAUUCCAAUCGAAAGUAUCGUAGACAUUGACAAUAAAUUAACAUCAAGUCUUCAAGAUACAAUUAGAAUAAAGACUAUUGACCAAGAUGAGAAUGACGAUGAGUAUUUGUUCGCUUUUAUUGUGGAUAGUCAAAUUUUAUUUGAAAAGCUCCAAGGUCUUUGGAGUCAGUACAAGGAACUGAAUUUAACUCGUAGUCAAAGCUACGAACGGCCUAUGUCUCCAGAGUUAACUAUUGCUGGCUUACCGAUAAAUACAAUAAAUGUUUUUUCUGGAUGGAAUCCGUUCUCCAUAAAUAAACGGAGAAAAAGUGCUGAUGAUGCAUCAACUACUAUAACGAGAUCCGUCUCUAAAUCACUACAAUCCUCAAGUUCAACUUCGGAUACGAUGACUGAACAACGGGAAACUCAAUCCAGUGUAAAGAAAAAUCUUUCACGCCGUGUUAACACAUUAAUUCAAAACCCAAUAAAGUACAUAAGCUCUGUUUUCAACGAAGACCCGGAAGAUGAAACAAAAGAACGUUUCAGGGAACAUUUUGCUUUGCCUGAAAAUGAACAACUACGAGCCGUGUUCUACGGAUAUUAUCUUCGUAUGAUUCCGUUAUAUGGCAAGUUUUAUGUUUCUGACAAUUACGUCUGUUAUAGAUCUAGAGUACCUGGUCAAACAAUAAAAAUAAAACUACCAAUAUCAGCCAUUUAUUAUCAUGAGAAGCAAAAAUCUAACAUAUUGGGAUAUUAUGGAUUGGAAAUUUUGACUAAUUCUCAACAAGAAAUGUUUUUUGAAUUUGGAUUUAAGGAUAUAAGAGAUCGAUUUGUAGAAUGGUUAGAACGCUUAAUGAAUGCAGAUAAGAGACGAAUACCAUCAGAUGGUUCUGGAAACACUGACGAAAGCCAUUCAAUCAUUCAAAAUGCUUUUAUCAAAGAACAAUUGUCAUGGAAAAAAAUGACUGAAAAUUACCCACCUGGUUCACCAAAAGCAUCGAACUUCAAUGAUGGUGUUACAGUAUUUGCACCGAAACUCGAUAAACCUAUGCAUAUUACGUGUCUGACUAUUGGUUCCAGAGGUGACGUACAGCCAUACAUUGCCCUUGCUAAGGGAUUAAUGAAAGAAGGGCAUAAAGUACGAAUUGCCACACAUGGUGAAUAUAAAGAUUGGAUUGAAAGUCAUGGCAUUGAAUUUGGAUAUGUAGGUGGAAAUCCGGCAGAAUUAAUGCGUAUUUGCGUUGAAAAUGGCAUGUUCACUUUAGGAUUUUUUAGAGAAGGUGUUACUAAUUUUCGUAGUUGGUUAGAUGACUUACUGAAAACUUCAUGGGAAGCAUGUCAGGGUACUGAUUUGAUUAUAGAAUCGCCUAGUGCUAUGUCAGGCAUUCACAUUGCAGAAGCUCUUGAAAUUCCAUAUUUUCGUGCAUUUACCAUGCCAUGGACGAAAACAAGAGAGUACCCACAUGCAUUUGCCGUACCGUACCAUGAUCUCAAAGCUCCCUACAAUUAUUCAUCAUAUGUUCUUAUAGAAAAUGCUUUUUGGCGUGGGAUUGCUCCGCAAGUCAAUAGAUGGAGGAAAAAUACAUUAAACUUACGUACUACCAAUAUGGAAAAAAUGGAUGCAGGCACUGUACCAUUUUUAUAUAAUUUUAGUUCGAGUAUUGUUCCUCGACCAUACGACUGGAGUGAUUGGAUAUGUAUUACUGGGUAUUGGUUUUUGGAUAAUCCUGAAGUUGGUUGGAAAGCUCCUAAUGAUUUAUUAGAAUUUUUGGAUUAUAAUCGUAAUAAUAAUAAAAAGAUUGUAUAUAUUGGAUUCGGGUCAAUAGUUGUGGAUGAUCCAAAGGCUUUAACUAAAACAAUUGUUGAAGCCGUGACAAAGAGUGGUGUUGCUGCCAUUUUAUCAAAAGGUUGGAGUGAUAGGUUGCAACAAGGAAAGACUGAUAAUAAUGAGGAAGAAGUGUAUCCUUCAUGUAUUUUUCCUGUCAAAUCUGUACCACAUGAUUGGUUAUUUAAACAAAUCGAUGCUGUGGUGCAUCACGGUGGUGCUGGAACUACUGCUGCAGGUUUACGGGCUGGAAAACCCACCAUAAUCAAACCAUUCUUUGGUGACCAAUUCUUCUGGGGUGAUCGUAUAGAAACUAUGGGAAUUGGAAUUCAUCUAAGAAAGUUAACCAUAGAUAAACUUUCUGAUUGCCUUAUCCGAGUCACAACGGAUGAACAUAUGAUUAAAAAAGCUGAAUUGGUAGGAAAUAAUAUAGAAAAAGAAGAUGGUGUAUCUAAUGCAAUACAAGCGAUAUAUAAAUAUCUGGAUCAUGCUAAACAAAGAAUUAUUUCACAGCCUGCUCCCAUGGCGACCCUUAGUGCAAUCUCGAUUGCUACUUUUGUAAAUAGUCAUUGCUGUUCUAACCAACUUGGCCAACUGCUUACUUUACUAUUCUUUAGAAGUCAAGAAAUUAAUAGUGAAUCUGAAAACGAAAAUGUGUUUGAAGAAAAUGCAAGUAUUUAUAAUAGAACUGAAAGUGAAGUUGAUUUUUCUGCUGAAAAUUUACAAGAUGUUGAGUCUGAUUUAACUUCUACAGCUAACUUUGCAACUAUUUCUGCAACUACUUCUGCAACUACUUCUUAUGAAUCUUCUUGGUAUGAUGAUUAUAAUAAAGUUAAAUCUUUUAUUUGUUCUCUUUGCAAAACACGAUAUAUAGCAACAAAUUCUCCUGGAACACUUGCUACACAUUUGCAUACAAAACAUAAAGAAAAAACUAAAUAUGUUCAAGCCACAUUAGAUAAAUUUGCACCUAAACCAUAUUCAAAACAAGAUUAA